UGCAGUGAAAUUAAAUUAGCAGAAAUCUGCAGAAACACAGGCCCAGACACGGAUUCGUAAUAUAAAGAUUUUGUGGAAUAAUACAGACGGAAUCUUUUUGAUCAUGGUGCUACUGGCUACUGCUUGGAAAUAUAAAUUAUGGAUUUAUUAGUUAAAAUAUUAAAUAUAUGUUUCUGCGUGUCAAUAUUUGUGCAAGAAGUGUUAACGGUUCAAUGUAACUCGACCAAAGGAACUACAGACUUGUUCAAUGCAAAAAUCCGCUCGUGCAAUCCAUCGGAGAUCGAUGACGGGAUUCACGUGAAUGUCACGUGCCCCAACGAGCACGUGAUCGCGGAUCUGGAAGUGACUUCCGGUAUUUUCAAUGACAAAUGCACGGGAAAAACGAAAGACUUAAUAGUUGCAGUUAACAACUGUUAUUGGAACAAUUCAUGUUCUCUGGCACUCCCAAAGACGAAAAUGAUCACGUGCGAAUCGGAAGCAGACACGUGUCUGUGUUUCAUGCAGAACCCGGAUUUUCUGGUUGUGACACGCGCUAAAUGCGUUAAACAGAGUUACAUUAAAGACUUUCGUUGCCGUGGUCCAAAACCCCGGCCUUCGAAGAAAGAAGGCCUCCUACGAAGCACGCGGCGUCUGAAGAAAGGGGGCCUCCGACGAAGCAAGCGGCGUCUGAAGAAAGAGGGCCUCCGACGAAGCAAGCGGCGUCCGAAGAAACCGAAAGAAACCCUGCAGAAAGUGGGCCUCCUCCGAAGUCAUGAGACCUUCCCCUGGUUUUACCGGAAGUCGAAUAGCAUCCUGCGGUGCAAACAGCGCAUGCGCAGAGAAAACAACCUCGUUCUAGAUUGGAAGGUGAACGAUAUAUGUGAAAUCGACGGACUCAAUGUGAAAACUGGAAAAGUGAGAACGGAAAUUUUUGACAGCAACCAAUCUGUGAUAACGAAGGGCAAGAAAACAAUUGGUAUUACGUUUAGAAGAAGUCAGAAGGAUGACGUCGAUUCUGGGUGCGGAGGCUUCCUCAUGUGCUAUAUAGAUAUAAAGCAGAACGUAUCGGGCUACGUCAAUCGAACAAAAUGGGCGUGUGAUGACAUCAUGGAUAAGAACGCGACGAUCGAGAUAUCGACACGAGACGGGGAUAAGCGGGUGAGGUACAGCCAGAUCUGCCCGAGUGACGUAGCGACCAUCGACUGCUGCCCACAGUUAUGUGAAUGACGUCAAUGAAGUGUUCUUCCGUUUGACGUUCAUCUAUAGUGCUUUGUGAUAUAAACUUGAUACUGCUUGGUCUUCGAGCAAUUCUGAUUAAAUUUAUGUAUGUAACUGCAACUGCAAAUCCGAAUGACUGGUUGUACAUUAAAGGGACUAGACACCAGAUGAUUCCACCACAAGAAAAAAAGCAAAUAGUAAAAAACAACAACUUGAUAUCGUUGUGUACAAUGCACUGAAUCUUACUUACUGACGUAUCACAUCGCUUAUGACACAUGUAUCUUUCAAAGUUUUUGCGUAUUUUUCCACUGCGGAAUUUACUGGGUCUGUCUACGACGUAAAUACCAAGGAAUUUGAAAAACUAUUGCGGUAUAUUUAUUUGUACUAAUCACGUGACUUUCACAUGCUAACUAUACGCGCUCUAAACUGAAAAACCAUUUUUUGCUAUUUUUUAAACGUAUUGAAGCUGCGCUCUCACAGAUUGAACGUUUUGACAACUUUUUUUCUUCUUGGAACGAGUCAUUGUAUAUGAAAAUCCAAGGAAACAAGUUAAAUACGACAGCUGACAAAAAGUAGAUCGUAGAUUUUUAUAUUUAAAUUCAAAAAUUGAUAUUUUAUGCAUUUUUCUUAAACCGUUAGUAUCGGUUUAAGCCAUAAAACAUUAAUGUUCGUAAGGAAAUAUGAACAUCUGCAAUCUGAUCUAUUGUCAGCUGUCUCAUAUCAUUGGCUUGCAGAUAUUUACGCAAAAAAUUGCUCUAUCCAAAACAAAAAAAGUUGUAAAAAUGGUAUAUCUGUGAGAGUGCAGCUUUAAGACAGCGACAAAAUACUAUUUUAAAUCAUGUAAAAUGAUUUAUUAUCGGCACCAUUCAAGCUCAUAAUGACAUUACUAGGCUUAUUUUGUGGAAAUACGGUAUUUGCCGAUUUCGGGACAAUCUGGUGUCAAGCCCCUUUAAAAAUAAAAACAUGGGCUUUUUGGGAAAGGUAAUAACCUUGGCUCAUGCAUGGAUAUGGGGUUAUUCUUUACAGUUGCCUGUUAUUUGGUAAUAUAUUCAGAAAGUUGAA